AAUUAUGGGAAACAAAAUCACGCGUCGAAUAAAGUAGAAGAGAAAAACUAUUGACGGGCAAAAUUGGGAUUGGUAGGUGACGCGCAUGCUAAGUAAUUGAAAAAAAAAAAACACAAGAGGAGAAGAAACAGAACAGAGAAGAAAAAGAGAGAAGAUGGCUUCGGAAGAAGGACAAGUGAUCGCCUGCCACACCGUUGAGACAUGGAACGAGCAGCUUCAGAAGGCUAAUGAAUCCAAAACUCUUGUGGUGGUUGAUUUCACGGCUUCUUGGUGUGGACCAUGUCGUUUCAUCGCUCCAUUCUUUGCUGAUUUGGCUAAGAAACUUCCUAACGUGCUUUUCCUCAAGGUUGAUACUGAUGAAUUGAAGUCGGUGGCAAGUGAUUGGGCGAUACAGGCGAUGCCAACCUUCAUGUUUUUGAAGGAAGGGAAGAUUUUGGACAAAGUUGUUGGAGCCAAGAAAGAUGAGCUUCAGUCUACCAUUGCCAAACACUUGGCUUAAGCUUUCCACUCUUAUAUAUCUCUUAAGAUGUUGGAUUAAUUGUUCUAUUACUCUUGACAUGUUAUAACUUGUUCCCCUUUGUUAUGGUUCCGGUCUAUAAUCUCAUCUGACUAUUUGAAGCUGAAAAUUGCUUUGCUUAUCCAGUAAAUCAAUUACUUUGUGACUUCAAAGUAUAUUUGAAAACUAAUUUCUACAUUAUGUCCUC